ACGUCUUGUGAAGAAAAAAAAAAAAUUUUCUUUUGAGUUUUUCUCUUCCAUUUUUCUGUGUUCCGUUUUUUCUUCCAUCAAUAAUUACAUCAGAAUCCAGGAAGCACAGAUCAUGAAAGGUGUCAAGGAGAUGAAGCAGAGACACACGGUUUCAUUUCUGAAUGCCAUUGAGAGAGGGGUAGGAAAGAAGCUUCAGGAGAAGGAACUUGAGAUUGAGAACAUGAACAGGAAGAAUAGGGAGCUUGUCGAGCGAAUUAAGAACACGGCCAUGGAAGCACAGUCCUGGCAGCGCAGAGCUCAAUACAAUGAGUCCAUGGUGCGAAUGCUGCAAAGCAAUCUUAAACAAGCCUUGGCUCAGGGUGCUGCUGCUGCAGAUCAAGGCAAGGAAGGUUGUGGGGACAGUGAAGUUGAUGAUGCAGCCUCUUCUUUUAAUCCUAACCCUGUUCUUGGGGGCAGCUGCUACCUUCAAACUGCUAGCAAAGGACUAAGUCGUGAGCAGAUGACCUGCAAGUCAUGUAAGGCCAAGGAGAUCUCAAUGCUGCUGAUACCAUGUAGACAUCUUUGCCUGUGCGUGGACUGUGCUGGUUACACCAAUGUCUGUCCUAUUUGCCACU